AUGAGCCAGAACGAGUCACCAGAAGAGAUGGAGGACAGCUCUCCGCCACUGUGCGUCACCUGCGGCCAAGCGCAUUUACCUGAAGAAAACCACUUGUACAGCUACACGGAAGAAGUGGACGAUGAUCUGAUCUGCCACAUUUGCCUGCAACCUUUGCUGCAGCCGUUAGACACGCUCUGUGGUCACACCUUCUGCACAGCCUGCCUGACGAACUUCCUCUUGGAAAAGGACUUCUGCCCCAUGGAUCGCAAACUUGUGAUUCUUCAGUCCUGCAGAAAGUCCAGCAUCCUUGUGAAUAAGCUCCUGGAUAAGCUAAUGGUUAGCUGCCCUUUCACAGAGCACUGCUCAGAGGUGGUGCAACGCGGUGACCUGGAACAGCAUUUCCAAACCCAAUGUAAAGGAGCAUCCCAUUACGGCCUUACCAAGGAGCGGAAGAGGCGUUCCCAAGACUGCUCUCCGGACCACAGCUCCAGUCUAGCCGUGGCCGCGCUGGGCCCCGAGCUCUCCGCGGCCGCGGCCAUAGCCUUAAUGACCGACGAGCCGGGGCUGGUGAACCCGGCCUUCAGCCCCACCUCGGAGGACAGCCAGGCGGGCAGCAGUCCCGGAGACCCGCACCGCGGCAACCGGCACAGAACUCGACACUUUGAACGCUCCACUAUAAGAAGCAGAUCUUUCAAAAAAAUAAACAAGGCUUUCAGUGUUCUUCGAAGGACAAAAAGUGGAAGCGCGGUUUCCAACCAGACUGACAGGGAAAGGGAGACUGUUGGAAAUUCUGUUGCUGGAGAAGAAGGUUUUCCCAGAUUGUAUCACCUGAUUCCAGAUGGCGAAAUUACCUGCAUUAAGAUCAACCGUACUGAUCCCAAUGAAAACCUGGCCAUUAGGAUUGUGGGAGGCAGUGAGACUCCUUUGGGUCACAUUAUUAUUCAGCAUAUUUAUCGAGAUGGGGUAAUUGCCAGAGAUGGAAGAUUGCUGCCCGGAGACAUGAUACUAAAGGUAAACGGCAUGGACAUCAAAAACGUGCCCCACAACUACGCGCUGUCAGUCCUGAAGCAGCCCUGCCACGUGCUGCGGCUCACCGUGCUCCGAGAGCAGCGGUACCGCUGCCGAAGCGGCGGCCCCCCCUUCGACGCGCGCUGCACCAGGGAUGACAGUUUCCACGUUGUUCUGAACAAAAGCAGUCCAGACGAGCAGCUGGGGAUAAAGCUGGUGCGCAAGGCAGACGAACCCGGGGUGUUUGUUUUCAACUUGCUGGAAGGAGGGGUGGCCGCCCGUGACGGACAGCUUCAGGAGAACGACCGCGUCUUAGCUAUCAAUGGGCACGAUCAUCGCUACGGCAGUCCGGAAAGUGCAGCCCAGCUGAUACAGGCCAGCGAGAAGCAGGUUCACUUCGUCGUGUCCCGGCAGAGCCGGCAGCAGCCCCCCGACAUCGUGCAGGAGACGGGCUGGAGCUCCGGCGGCAGCGCCCAGCCCUGUCCCGCCGGGAGGAGCAGCCCCAGCAAGAGUGCCUUGCACGCCGUCACCUGCCACGAGAAGGUUGUGGCCGUCCGGAAGGAUCACACCGAAUCCCUGGGAAUGACUGUUGCAGGCGGAGCCACUAACCGGGAGUGGGAUUUGCCUAUCUAUGUGAUAAGCGUCGAACCUGGAGGAGUUAUCAGCAGAGACAGCAGGAUAAAAACAGGUGACAUCCUGCUGAACGUGAACGGGAUCGACCUGACGGGAGUCAGCCGGAGCGAGGCCGUCGCCCUGCUGAAGAACACCAACUCGUCGGUGGUGCUCAAAGCCCUGGAGAUGAAGGCGUGCGAACCCCAGGAGGAGAGGAGCAGGGCGCCGCUCCCCGAGGCCGCGCACAGCACCCCCGAGAGCGGCGAGUGGUCGCCCUCCUGGGUUAUGUGGCUGGGACUGCCGCGGUAUUUGUACAGCUGCAAGGAAAUCAUAUUACGAAGAAAUACAGCAGGAAGUCUUGGCUUCAGCAUUGUAGGAGGUUAUGAAGAACAUACUGGGAACAAACCCUUCUUUAUCAAAUCCAUUGUUGGGGGAACACCAGCAUAUAAUGAUGGAAGAAUUAGAUGUGGUGACAUCCUCCUCGCUGUCAAUGGCAGGAACACAUCAGGAAUGAUGCAUGCCUGCUUGGCAAGGAUGCUCAAAGAACUGAAAGGAAAAAUUACUCUCACUAUUGCGUCCUGGCCUGGCACUUUUUUAUAAAACAAGUCUUCACAGACAGUAAGACAAGUAAUUUAACACAGGAAAAACAUGGACGUCAGUAAUCCUCACUUUUUUCUGGGGUGUGGUGGGGUGGGAAUCAAAUGUGUUUAUAAAGAAAAGGUUUGUGGAAUUUCAACCUGCAUGUCAAGAGAAGUCAAGUUUAGGCAAAGCAGGGACACCUGUCAGAGAAUCACUUCAGAGUGAUUUAAGUUGCAGACAAAUCUUUGCUUCCCAUGUUCUUAAGUUGGGUUUUAUUUUAUUUUUUUUAUAUUUAUAAUGCAUUAUAAUAAUCAUUAAAUUUAAGGAGCAGCAAAAGCUCCUGUUCACCCACUUUGACUUCUAAAAAGAAAUUUAUAAAUAACUUACGUAUGGAAAAAUUCCUAGCAAUCUGAUGAAGUACUUUUCUAACAGAAAAAUAUCAGACGAAGGCUUUUACCCAACACGUUAAUAGCACAUUGAUUAUCUGUACCUUUUCAUGGUCAGCAUGAAGCUGGUAUUUUCAAGACUUUCAAGUAUUGUUUGUUAGUCUGUAAAGCUGUGAAUUCAAUUUUACUUCUAAAAUUAUUAAAAAUAACUGUAACUGUGUACUUGUACAGCCAUUAUUUUCACUCAAAACUAAAAGCUUCUAAUUAAUACUAAUAAAUCUAGAAUUUUUACAUAAAAAUAUUUCUUUUUAAAAAUAAGUACAGUGCACUCUGCUAAUGUCAUCAAGUAAAGCCUUUAAUUACUGCUCUGACAAGGCAGUAUAGUUUUUGCAGGACUGCCAUGCCAAUCUCACCUGAUACUGUUUGGACUGCAGUAAACCUC